AUGCCCGCCAAGUUUCUCCCUCCACAAUCCAGUACAACGCCAGCUACCCCGCUUCCUUAUACGGCGUCACCAUGGAAGCUGAUGUGGGAGGACAUACUCCUCGUCUUACGAAGCCUUUGGGCAGUACUGAACGUCAUUUUGCCUCUCACGCCUUACAACUCCGGUGAUCUGGAUGAGCUGUACCCGUCGCCACGCAAUCUAGCCAACCUGGCAUUUCAGCUUGUUAUCAGCUUGCUCCAAGUCAUCUUCCUGAUCUCGAUACCCGUCCUCAUUAUCUGUAUGGCGCCUACUUUAUGGACUUGCGUCUACAUAGGUGGUUUCAUACUUGCCAAUAGGGCUCUGUGCGACUUACUCGUGAAUCGAGGAUCCACCGUGCUGGUGUCCCGGUUUCCAGAACACGAGUGCCCCGAGCAUAGAGGUGAGCAUUGGGUAUUCAUUAACGGGGUAGCUUGUGGGCAGACUUGGCUUCAGUCGAACAUCGACCGUCUGGGCAUUACUUUCGGCAGAAGGGUUUAUGGUGCUCAUAACCCUACGGCCGGACUUGUGUUUGACCUUCUUCAGUGCCUUCUCCAGAGGGAUUUCUCUUACGCAACGCAGGAUGUCAGGGAUGCCUACGUUCAUUUAAGAGCUGCGUUAGUGGAUCCCGAAAACAAAAAGGUGGUCCUGAUACUCCACAGCCAAGGAGGGAUCGAAGGCGGACUAAUAGUGGACUGGCUACUGGACGAGAUACCUCAAGGUCUGCUCCGCAAGCUUGAGAUUUACACAUUCGGAAACGCCGCCAAUCACUUCAACAACCCGUACAGAAAUCUUCCUGCUGGGAAAAAGAACAGUCAGUGCUCAAAUGUUCGAAACACAAGACUCCACGAACCUGACAAUACUAUCUUACACAUCGAGCAUUACGCCAAUUCAAGAGAGUUUGUAAGUGUAUUGGGUGUUCUGAACUUCGCCAACAUAGUGAAUCGGUACAUGGGUCAGGUGUUCGUCCGUCCUGGGACUGGCCACAUGUUUAACCAACAUUACAUGGAUACUAUGUUUACCCUGGGGGCAGACGGUAAAGUUCUCGACACGAAUGAAUUCAUGGAUAUGGAAAUCGACGUCCCAGAUUCUGGCUCGGAAGGCUCAAGUGCCUCUACGCGGCGCGCAAGAGUUGCUAAUCUCAGUCGUUUGUGGGUGUAUAGAAAUGGUGGAUCCCCAGAUUGCUGA